CCUACUAGAGAGCCAGCAAAUACAAGGCGGAAGUUAAAAUCAGCUGAUAGAGGCUACAGCUUUUACUGAAGCCUACGAGACGAGAGCAGAAGAGCCAUCUUCCCGACCGGAGAGAGUGGAAGAGAGGGGGGAUUGUUGAGACAAUUUGGGGGGGACUCCGGUGUCGUUAGAAGGCUCAAAGACAGAACUUGGGAACGAUAGGACUACUGGUAUCGGUUGGGAAAAAGGAAAGGGUCUUUGUUACGGUUUCCGGACUAGGAGUAAUCGGGAACCAGUGGGGGGCUCAAGCGAGGAAGCUUUUUUGAAAAUACAAAGGAAAAUAAAAUCUAGUCAAGGUAUUAUCUGUAGAUCGUAUCGUGUGUUUGCAAUCCAACAAAUAUAUAGUUGACUGUGCAGUAUUACAGAAGACAGUUGAUCGAAAAUAGUAAAUACUUAGCCAAGUUUCACGGAUGUAUAGUUCUUCAAAUUGUCAAUGUAAACAAGCCCUUGUUGGAGCGGGUGCUGACUGUCUAUGUAGACAGUGCAGUGGGGCUUUGAGAUUCGGAUUAGGAACAGGCAGGGCAGCUAGUAUUGUAUCCUGGCAGAGAUAGACAGUUCGUAAAAACUGUUAUUCAUAAAAUGUUUCACUUAAACGAGGAAGCUUACCACAAUUACGAAUGAUGACAAUCGAUACUCAGGUAUUUAUAAGCGGUUAGCUAGCUAACAUAGCAAGCUGCUCUGGUUGGCCAGUGUUGUUAGCUUUACCGUACUAGCUAGCAUUAGCCAACUAGCUGUAAGCUAGAAAGCUAAAUCCUCAGGCUUGAGUAGUGGAUGUCAGUCAAAGAAAGAAAGAAAGACGGUAGAUUAUGAUUUAAAUAGCUAACGUUGUUUCAUCACCUGUGGUAUUAUAAGGCCUGCUAUGGUGUUAUUGCUUGCAAGCUUUUAGAACAUUCUGUACGACUAUCUGGAGACGGGCACUGUGUAGCACAGCUGAUUCGUCUAGAAGGGGAGGAGAUAGGAAAUGGAGGAAAGCAAGUUACAUGUAUGUAGAUUUAAGUUUAUAGUUAAGUACAAUAGCUGACCGUCAACAUUUAUUUGGACAAGUUGGGUUAAUCUUAGCUAAUGUAAAGUGUUAUUGUAAGUAGUUAGCUAGAAAGAACCUUAUCAACAUGUGCCUGUAUGGGUGACUAGUACGGUACCGUUCGGUGAGUGGGGGUCAUCUCCCUUAAAAGUGCUCUCCACUCAAAUAGCUCGACAAGCAGAAAACAGUUUCAUUCGAAACUGGGCGGUAACAUACAUAAAAUAAAUCGUUACCGGACCGGGGUUAAUUUUCUCUGAAGUCAUGGAUACCGGUAUACGGUGUCAGAUAAGUUAUCACCCUAAAUAGUAAGGCCCUUGGUAAGAAAGAUAAGGACUUAUGCUGCCUAGUUUUGCCUCCCUUUUACUUAUUGAAGACUGACUUGGUACAUUUUGUGAAGACAUAUAUUUUUUGUCUCCUACGGUUGAGAAUGGAUAUUCUUGUUUUACUGUGUUGCUCGCAUGCGAGAGUACAGUGAGCUCUCAGCAGUGUUUGGCUUGUGUUGCGCUCACCCCUCCCCCAACUUUUACUGGAGACUUGUGGAAGUGUUCUUAGCUUCGGCUCGCUGUCAGUGGUUGGCAGUUCUCAUCCGUUGUAUUUUUCUUUGACGGAAGGCCUUUGUUAUUGUAUGGUCCACUUGAAUCCGGAGUUGCAAAGCGUACGGUGGAUGUUAUGGAACUAAUGUUCGCCGAGUGGGAAGACGGAGAGAGGUUCUCCUUCGAAGAUUCUGACCGGUUCGAGGAGGACUCGCUCUGCUCCUUCAUAUCGGAGGCUGAGAGUCUUUGUCAGAACUGGAGGGGAUGGAGAAAACAGUCUGCUGGACCCAAUUCUCCGACUGUGAAGAUUAAAGAUGGUCAAGUCAUCCCUCUGGUGGAGCUGUCAGCAAAGCAGGUGGCAUUCCACAUCCCAUUUGAGGUGGUGGAGAAGGUCUACCCUCCUGUCCCAGAGCAGCUACAGCUCCGCAUUGCCUACUGGAGCUUCCCAGAGAAUGAAGAGGACAUCCGGCUCUACUCAUGUUUGGCCAAUGGCAGCCCGGAUGAGUUCCAGCGAGGGGAGCAACUUUACAGGAUGAGGGCAGUUAAAGAUCCUCUGCAGAUAGGUUUCCACCUCAGUGCCACUGUGGUGUCGCCCCAAGCCGGCCAAUCAAAAGGGGCGUACAACGUGGCUGUCAUGUUUGACCGCUGCCGCAUUACUUCCUGCAGUUGCACCUGUGGGGCUGGGGCCAAGUGGUGUGCCCACGUGGUGGCCCUCUGCCUCUUCAGGAUCCACAAUGCAUCUGCCGUUUGCCUGCGAGCCCCUGUUUCGGAGUCCCUGUCCAGGCUGCAGAGGGACCAGCUGCAGAAGUUUGCCCAGUACCUCAUCAGUGAGCUUCCCCAGCAGAUUCUGCCCACGGCCCAGAGACUCCUGGAUGAGCUUCUGUCCUCCCAGUCCACAGCCAUCAACACCGUGUGUGGGGCCCCAGACCCCACCGCUGGGCCCUCGGCCUCAGACCAGAGCACCUGGUAUCUAGAUGAGUCCACGCUCAGUGAUAACAUCAAGAAGACGCUGCAUAAGUUCUGCGGCCCCUCUCCUGUGGUCUUCAGUGACGUGAACUCCAUGUACCUGUCGUCCACCGAGCCGCCAGCGGCUGCCGAGUGGGCCUGCCUCCUGAGGCCUCUGAGGGGGAGGGAGCCGGAGGGCAUCUGGAACCUUCUGUCCAUCGUCCGGGAAAUGUUCAAGAGAAGGGACAGCAACGCGGCCCCCCUGCUAGAGAUCCUUACUGAGCAGUGUCUCACCUACGAACAGAUUAUAGGCUGGUGGUACAGUGUGCGUACAUCGGCAUCCCACAGCAGUGCUAGUGGGCACACUGGGCGUAGCAACGGGCAGUCGGAGGUGGCGGCUCACGCCUGUGCCAGCAUGUGUGACGAGAUGGUAGUUUUGUGGCGGCUGGCUGUUCUCGACCCCACCAUGAGCCCUCAGAGGCGUCUGGAGCUAGCAGCCCAGCUCAAACAGUGGCACCUGAAGGUGAUUGAGAUUGUGAAGCGAGGGCAACACCGCAAGUCCCUGGACAAGCUGUUCCAGGGCUUCAAGCCAGCAGUGGAGUCCUGCUACUUCAACUGGGAGGUGGCCUACCCGCUGCCCGGCAUCACCUACUGCAGUGCCGACAAGAAGAGCGCCUCCUUCUGCUGGGCCAGGGCAGUGCAACAGCAGAGAGGAGCAAAGGCGAGUCCGUCUGGAGACCCCCCUGAACCCGGAGGAGGAGGGGGGAGAUCUGGCAGCUCUGAGGGGGGUGGGGGAGACUACAAGGGCAGAAGUCCUCAACAAGAAGUGGCCGUCAGGCCCAAAGAGACCAUUGCGAGCAAGAGGAAGGGGCUGUCGGCCGGAGGCACCGGAGGGGUCCUGGUGCGCCUGGGAGGCGCUGUGUCUCUUUCUCUAGAGGAGGGCGGUAGUAAGGGCGUGUACAAAGGCGCCAGCUCCUCCUCCACUGGGGGAAAGGGUAAGCUAGCUCAGGCAGGGAAGUCUUCGUCAGGGGGAUCAGGAGGGGUUGGGGGAAAACACCAAGCAGCCAAGCGCCGCACCAGCAGUGAGGACAGCUCCCUGGAGCCCGACAUGGCCGAGCUGAGCCUGGAUGAUGGCUCCAGUCUGGCGCUGGGCGCGGAGGCGAGCAACACGUUCGACUUCACUCCCCCGCCGCCCGAGAUGCUGCCUUCCCCGAGCCCCCUCCUCAGGGAGCCACACAAGUACAGCGGGGGCCCAAAAGGAGCCGGAAAUGCGCCCAAGGAGCGCGCCUUUGAGGGCAAACGCGUCACCCUCGCUGCCACCCUGCCCGUGGCCGAGCCGCAGCCCGCCUUCCCCCUGAAGGAGAAUGUCGCUGGCGCCGUGGAAGCGGCCGUUGGCGUGGGGAAGGAGGUGGAGGUGGAGGCGGAGAUGGAGGUGAACGGAAACGAUGCAUCGCCCCCGCCUGGAGACUGUCGGCCCUCCACCUCGGUCGCCGUCGUUACUGUGACUUCUGCCGCUGCCAAGCCACCGCGUGGUGGGCGCAGAGAAGCCGGCCAGAGCAACGGCGCUGGUCUGGCCCUAGAGGGGGCCGGGGGAGACCCUGGAGGAGAGGAUGAUUAUCAAGCCUACUAUCUGAGUGCGGCCUCUGAGGAGGGGGCAGAGAGAGCGCCUGAGAACAAUCACGAGGAGGAACCGGACAUAUUUGCCGGGAUCAAACCGCUGGAGCAGGAGGGCCAGAUGGAGGUGCUGUUUGCAUGCGCAGAGGCCCUCCACGCCCACGGCUACAGCAACGAGGCCUGCAGGCUGGCGGUGGAGCUGGCCGGGGACCUGCUGGCCAACCCCCCAGACCUGAAGGUGGAGCAGCCCCAGACCAAGGGCAAGAAGAGCAAGGUGUCCACCAGCAGGCAGACCCAGGUGGCCACCAAUACCUUGGUCAAGACCUCGUUCCUGCUGACUGUGCUGAGCGAGAGGCUUGAGCUCCACAACCUGGCCUUCAACACGGGCAUGUUCUCCCUGGAGCUACAGAGGCCCCCAGCCUCCACCAAGGCCCUGGAGGUCAAGCUGGCCUAUCAGGAGUCAGAGGUGGUGGCUCUGCUGAAGAAGAUCCCUUUGGGCCUGGUGGAGAUGACGUCCAUACGGGACCGGGCCGAGCAGCUCAGAGACGGCAACUUCUGUGACUACCGGCCCGUCCUGCCCCUCAUGCUAGCCAGCUUUAUAUUUGAUGUGCUGUGUACCCCAGUUUGUACAGUCGUGUCCCCCACAGGUUCUCGUCCGCCCAGUCGUAACCGGAACAACGAGAUGCCUGGCGAUGAGGAGCUAGGCUUCGAGGCGGCUGUAGCAGCACUGGGGAUGAAGACCACAGUGAGCGAGGCAGAGCACCCUCUGCUGUGUGAGGGGACCCGGAGAGAGAAAGGAGACUUGGCCCUGGCCCUUAUGAUAACAUAUAAGGAUGACCAGAGCAAGCUGAAAAAUAUCCUGGACAAGCUGCUGGACAGGGAGAGCCAGACCCAUAAACCCCAGACCCUGAGCUCGUUCUACUCCAGCAAGCCAGCUGUCAGCAGCCAGCGGAGCCCGUCGAAGCACUCCGCCCACGGGCACGGGGGUGCCACAGGAGGGGUUUCCAAACACGCCUCCAACGCCACAGCUGCGGCCGUGUCCUCGUCCUCCGUGCAAGUGGUGGCCUCCGGCGGGGCGGCCGGGCAGCAGGCGUGUCUGGCCGGCAGCGGUGGUCAGAACAGCGCUCCAGCCGCGGAGGUCGCCGGUGAGGCCAGAGAGCAUGAUGGCGCCCAGCCUGCGUCAUGUGACCAGCCGAGCGAGGCCGCCCCAUUCAAGCCUGAAGGCACGGUGCCCAGCCGUUUGGCUCUAGGUGGGAGGGGGGCGUACAGCGGGCGAUGUUGGGGCUCUCCUGUCCGUCAGAAGAAGAAGCACACAGGCAUGGCGAGCAUCGACAGCAGUGCCCCUGAAACCACCUCCGACAGCUCCCCCACCCUCAGUCGACGUCCGCUCAGAGGAGGCUGGGCUGCAGCCUCCUGGGGGAGGGGCCAAGACAGUGACAGCAUCAGCAGCUCUUCCUCUGAUUCGCUGGGCUCCUCCUCAUCCAGUGGCUCUCGUAGGGCCGGAGGUGGAGCCAGGGCAAAGAGCACAGAUACCAGCAGGUAUAAAGGGCGUCGUCCUGAAUGCCACGCCCCCCAUGUGCCCAACCAGCCGUCAGAGGCGGCGGCCCACUUCUACUUUGAGCUGGCCAAGACGGUGCUGAUCAAGGCUGGGGGAAACAGCUCCACCUCCAUCUUCACCCAGCCGUCAGCCAGCGGAGGCCACCAGGGCCCCCACCGCAACCUGCACCUCUGUGCCUUCGAGAUUGGCCUGUACGCCCUGGGCCUGCACAACUUCGUAUCGCCCAACUGGCUUUCCAGGACCUACUCUUCCCAUGUUUCCUGGAUCACAGGCCAGGCCAUGGAGAUCGGCAGCGCCGCCCUCAACAUCCUGGUGGAGUGCUGGGACGGCCACCUCACACCUCCUGAGGUGGCCUCGUUGGCAGACAGGGCUUCACGGGCGCGGGACCCAAACAUGGUCCGCGCUGCGGCCGAGCUGGCCCUAAGCUGUCUGCCCCACGCACACGCCCUCAACCCUAAUGAGAUCCAGAGGGCCUUGGUCCAGUGCAAGGAACAGGUACAUGUCCGGUACUCUUCAGUUCUGCAGAAGACACAUCGGACUACUCAUGACAACGUGAUGCUAGAGAAAGCCUGUAUGGCUGUGGAGGAGGCAGCUAAAGGGGGUGGCGUGUACCCUGAGGUUCUGUUCGAGGUGGCCCACCAGUGGUACUGGCUCUACGAGCAGACGGUGGGAGGGGGCUCGGGGACCCAGCGCGAGGGCCCGGGGCGCUGCGGGGCCAACGGCGGCGCGGGGAGGAGGCCCCCGGACGCUGGCCACGGGCUGACAGACAACAGUGGGCCUAUGGACCCGUCCGGCGUGGCGGCGGUCACCGCCUCGGUGACGGCAGCGGCCGUGGUGCCCGUCAUUUCCGUGGGCUCCACCAUCUACCAGUCCCACGCCCUGCCCGGCUCGGCCAUAGCCCACCCUCACACCCAGGGCCUGCACCCCUACACCACCAUCCAGGCCCAUCUGCCCACGGUCUGCACCCCCCAGUACCUGGGCCACCCGCUGCAACACGUCCCCCGGCCCACUGUGUUCCCCGUGUCGGGGGGAGCCUACCCACAGUGUGUCUGUGUGCCCUCUCAGGGAAUGCACCCGGCCUUUCUCGGUGCCCAGUACCCAUUCUCAGUGGCCACAGGCCCCCAUCCGCCCAUGGCAGCGACUGCCGUCACCUUCCCGGGUGUUCCUGUACCGUCCAUGACCCAGAUCGCUGUCCACCCGUACCACACCGAGACCGGCCUGCCUCUGAGCACCACUGUAGCAGGAGCCGCAUCUUUUUCCCCUUUCUAUCCAGUAGGUGGCGUCCAUUCAGGCUCCACAAUCCAGGCCAUUCAGGGGUCAUCUCUUCCUGGGAUGUCUUCCCAGCCAGCCUCAUUGGUCAGCACCCCUUUCCCCUCUGAAGAUGAGCAGCAUAGCCAGCCAAUCAGCCAGCAGGGACUUCACUACCUGCACUCCGCCUACAGAGUUGGCAUGCUGGCCUUGGAGAUGCUGGGCAGGAGGGCUCACAACGACCACCCUAAUAACUUCUCCCGAAGCCCCCCAUACACAGAGGACGUCAAGUGGCUCCUGGGUCUGGCUGCAAGGCUAGGUGUUAACUACGUGUACCAGUUCUGUGUUGGUGCGGCCAAGGGAGUGCUCAGCCCCUUCGUCCUUCAGGAGAUCAUAAUGGAGGCUCUGCAGAGACUCAACCCGGCUCACAUCCAUGCCCACCUCCGCACGCCUGCUUUUCACCAGCUGGUGCAGCGCUGCCAGCAGGCCUAUCUACAGUACAUCCACCACCGGCUGAUACACCUGACCCCGGCAGACUACGACGACUUCGUCAACAUCAUCCGCAGCGCCCGCGGGGCCUUCUGCCUGACCCCUGUGGGCAUGAUGCAGUUCAACGAUGUGCUGCAGAACUUGAAGAGGGGCAAGCAGACCAAGGAGCUGUGGCAGCGCAUCUCAUUGGAGAUGGCCACUUUCUCCCCAUGACUGUGAGGGCAGUGGAGUGGGAGAGGAACGACGCUCCCGCCCCACAAACCCGCCCCGGCCUGUCGAGAUCCGUUUCGCCCCACUGACCCAUGGCGCUGCCUUCGAACGCUCUCCCUGUCCAGCCUCCACGGCUCCCUUCCCCCGUGACGUCUCCCCUUUGCGUGUAUAUCUUGACAUACACGCCCCACACGGCAAGCAGGCAGCACAAUCCACCCUGUAAGACUUCCUUUUAGAUGUCAUAGGUGUGAGAUGUGGAGCUUUGAGGUAAGCUAAAAGGAGGUUCGCUCAUGUAGUCUUCGGUAUCUUUUUGUGACUGAAUUGCCCCUCCCAUAUAUCAUGGUUCAUGUCUGUGUAACUACCUGUAACGUAUAUACCCCCCCCCCCCCCCCCCCCCCAUGUUCAUCCUCCCACCUUCCCUUCCAGAAGCAGUCACAAAUGAUGCAUUGUGGUUGCUAGGGGUGUAUAAGUUGUCAUUUAUUUUGUUGAUGUUAGUUGGUUCUUUUAUUGAAACCACUGAGUAAGUCGGUCAUACUGCAACAUUCCUCUGUCCUGGAGAGAGUGAUCCUCCGCCGGGCAAUACGGAUCUAAAUUUGAGGUAUUCUGACAUGUUUAAACAAGAAAAUAAACAAGGAAAAAGUAAAGAAAAAAAAAAACUGUUGAACUAAUUAAACAAAAAGACAUUUAAUAUGAAAAUGAUAACCUGAGUACGGGUUAGGUUUCUUCAGUGUUUUAUCUUUUGUUUUUGAUAUUUUGUAUAGAAUGAUGUGUAUACAGAGAAGAAUUUGAGAAUGAGCGUGUAAUGUGCUUGUUGCGUGGGUUCCUUUUUCCAAUUCAGCUGUUGGAGGUUUCUGGGUCUGGGAACACUGGAGUCUGGCUGGACCAAACUCAUCUUUGGCCCUUUUGAGUGGGUCAAGAGAGCAAGUGGACACCACCUGCGAUAUCUCAGUACAGUCAUUCAGUCAAAUAUCAGCAUCACAUUAAGGAUGAGUGGACAUGACAUUUACACAUGCCCUGCACAGAUAGAACCGUUAAAGUGCUUUAACAUAUUCAUGUAGGCUUACACGCAGACUGGGUUUCCAGGUUGCAGCCAUCAUCUGGCAAUCUGGAAUUCAGGUCCAUUGAUGUUUCGUAAUGGGGAGUUGCCAGAUCCCCGUGUUCAAACCCGCACCUCCAACCCUGCUAAGGAACUUACGGGUGAAGAGUGACUUAGUAGAAAAUGUACUGUGAUAUUUUUGUAUUUCUCAAAGUGUAGCUUGAUUGAAAAAAAAAAAAAAAAAAGUAUAUAAAUUGUGCUGAUCGGAAGAGGUUGUAAUUUAGAAUAAAAGAAAAAAACAAAGCAAUACUGAAAUGUAGAGUUUACUUAAUAAAGGUAUUUCAAAACACA